AUGUGCUCAUCCGAUAUCUUCCUCGGCUUAAUCGCCAUCUUAUUUCCCCCUCUCGCAGUCUGGGUAAAACGCGGCCUCUGCUCCGCCGACUCCCUCAUCAACAUUCUCCUCUGCAUGCUCGGGUUCCUCCCCGGCCUCCUACACGCCUGGUAUAUCAUUGCCAAAUUCCCCGACCAAGACUCCUACGACGCUAUUCCCGAUUCCGAAAAUGCACGUGUAACAUAUGUCGUGGUACAAGGUCCCAAUGGACACACGCAGCGGGUGUCCAAGGAUUCGAGAGGUGCGCAGAGACAACAGCAAGGAUAUGGAACGAAUGCUCCGAUGGAAGCGCCGAUUGUUCAGCAACAGCAGAAUGGGACGUGGGCGAGUGCGGGAGAGGAACAGGGACGGGGGGGAGAGGGAAGUAGUGGAGGGGCGGUGCCACCCACGUAUGCGGAGGCUGUUAGGGGGGAUCACAAGGUGCAGUCGAGAGAUUAG